AUGACGAGUCCAAAUAUAUCUUUGUUGAUAUGGUGUGAUGGCCGUAUUGUGAGUUCUCCGUGUGGAAUAGAAUACCACGGGGGUCGUCCGGUUAAUAUGGCGCUUAGCGAGAGAAUGAGUUUCGAAGAAUUACAAAAUAUUUGUAGAAGAGCAGUUUCUACCGACGGGGAAGUAGAAAUUUCAAAAAUCUACUUCCGGCUUCCAAGAAUAGUUGAGGGUGCGAUACGGUCGUACUCGUUGUUUUCUGUGGAGAAUAACGAGCAUGUGUUUGGAAUUCUGAACGAGGUCGUGCGGUAUCCGCAACUGGAGAUUUUGGAAUUGUACGUGGAAUACGAGGCCGUGGUUCGCAACAAGACUUUACUCGAUCAGUUGGUCUUAGGUGAUUCAAGCGGGUCUGAGAGGGGUAGUGGUGAAGAGGAAGAAGAGGAAGAAGAGGAUUUCUACGACAGCAACGAAGAGGAUGUCGAGGAAGACUUAGGAGCAGAUUCACAAUAUGAGUCGCAACUUCCUGAGCAUGUAAGAACGGCGGAUCUUUGCGACUUUGACGUCGCCCCGGAGGCUGAUGAAAAGAUUAUGUGGGAUCCUGGGAUGGAAUUCCGAGUAGGGAUGGUAUUCCCAAAUCGCGAUGCCGUCCGAGCUUGUGCGACUACUUAUUCGGUCGGGGUGGGAAGAGAGUUCAAGGGUCGCCGGACUACCAACUCGACAAUAGUGUUGGCUUGCAGGCAGAACCCUGUAUGUAAAUGGUGGCUGCGCGCUACACUUCUGCAAGCAACUCAGACGUGGACGUUGACAAAAUAUAUUGGCCCGCACACGUGCAAUCAGCUGUUACCUGAUCCAAACCAUCGGAAUUUUGGGUCUGUUGCAAUCGCAGACUAUAUCAAGGGUCAAGUAAAGAUGCAACGUGAUAUACGGAUCGAUACCCUCAGAGCUGGAAUUUGGCAACAACUUGGAGUUAGGCCUCCGUAUAAACGAACCUGGAAUGCAAAGGAAAAGGCAAUAGCUGAUGUUUACGAGCGACUUAGGCCAUUGCGACCCCGUUUGGCCGACUUUACCGUCACGGGGGGAUUGCCUUUGGGUGACAGUUACAUUUUUCGUAUGAAGUUAUCUUAA